AUGGCGCUGAGCGCAGAGAGAUUUAAGGAGCUGAAGAUCUUCCCUUGGAGCGAUGUGGUUGAUUGGAAUAUGGCCAUCAAGUCCUGCAGACAGCGCUGGAGAUUGAGCUGCGCACUGCUCGAGGCCAUGCUUCACCACAGCUUGCAACCGGACAUCAUCAGCCACAGCACCAGCAUCCCCUGGCUGCCCUGGAGCGCUGCCACUGUAGCGCUGCGGCGCAUUGGUCAUGUGGCGCUGCGGCCCAAUGUCGUGACCUUCGGUGGUGCAAUCAAUGCUUGCCAAAAAGCUGGACACUGGCAAUCUGCUCUGCAACUUCUGGAAGCCAUGGACACAGUCACAGUCAUCCCCAAUGUGGUCACGUUCAACAGCGUCAUCAGCGCGUGUGAGAUAGGUGAACAAUGGGAACUUGCCGUCCAUUUGCUCUCGAUGCUAACAAAGUUUCGGCUGUUUGCCGAUGAGAUGUCCUUCAACAGUGUGAUCUCAGUCUGCGAGCGCUGCUGCCAAUGGCAAGCGGCCAUGGCUGUCUUUGCCGGCCUUCGGAAGACGCAGUUGCUGCCGAAUCUCAUCUCCUUUAACAGCACCGUCAGCGCUUGUAGCAAGGAUACACAGUCUUCCAAGGCUGUGGCACUUAUCGGCAGCAUGAAGGAACAGCGUGUGCGUGCAGAUGUGGUCAGCUACAACAGCAUCAUCAGCGGAAACAUGGGGCAACUGGAUGCCUGGCGCAAGACUGGCCAGAUCUUAGAUGACUUGGCCAUCGCUUCGAUCCUGCCCAGCUUGAUCACUUACAACAGCUCCAUCAGUACUGUGGAUGCCUGGGAGACUGCGCAACAUCUUUUGGCUGCCACCCCGGCCGUCAAUUUGAUGACCUUCAGCAGUGCCAUCGACGGAUGCAACUGGAGCCGAGCGUUGGAACUGCUGCAACGCUUGACAUGGAAUGGACUGGUGCCCAAUGUGAUCGCUUACAGCAGUUGGGCCUGGCACCAGACCGUGGUUUUGGUGGAGCAAGUGAGUGGAUCAACGGUUCAAGGUACAAUUGCCUCGUGUCAAAAAGCUGGCCGAUGGCCCACGGCUUUACAGCUGCUCUUCGUCAUGGAUGCCACAGCGGUGGCCCCGAAUGUGGUCAGCUUCAACAGUACCAUUGGUGCUUGUGAGACAGGCCAGUGGAAGAUGGAGCAAUCACUGCGAGACGACUUGCAGGUAAGCCAAUGGUGUCAAGCUGUCCAAAGAGAGGAGCGAUGA